GUGGCCAUAAUGAUCUAUUCUUUGCUAGGUUUCUUUGAUGGCUUGUCUAACGUUAACUGUUUGCUCUUUGGUUUAUGACUCGAAAAAGCUUGCCGUCAGAAAGGCGCCCCCAACAUGCUGCUUUUCCAGCAGGUCCUUCUUUCCCUCGGGACGCAGUGACAUGAGAGCAGGACCUCGGUUCUGAUUAAGAAGGGGGAUGAACAACACUCCGCCUGGAUUACGGUUGCUCAGGCCUCCGACGGUGAUAGGCCAGUUCCACACGCUGUUUUUCGGCUCAGUGCGUACGUUCUUCCUCGGAGUCCUUGGAUUCGCAGUCUAUGGCAAUGAGGCCCUCCACUUCAGCUGUGAUCCAGACAAAAGGGAAUUAAACCUUUACUGUUACAACCAGUUUAGGCCUAUAACACCACAGGUAUUCUGGGCGUUACAGCUAGUCUCUGUCUUGGUACCUGGAGCUGUGUUUCAUCUUUAUGCUGCCUGUAAAAAUAUAGAUCAGGAGGAGAUCCUUCAGCGACCGAUGUCCACAAUCUUCUACAUCAUCUCUGUCCUGCUGAGAAUAAUUCUGGAAGUGUUAGCAUUUUGGCUUCAGAGCCACCUCUUUGGGUUCCUGGUUGCUCCUAUCUACAUGUGUGAUGCUAGUGGUCUUGCGAAGAUCUUCAACAUCUCAAAGUGUAUGGUCCCUGAACACUUUGAGAAGACCAUCUUCCUCAGUGCAAUGUACACCUUUACAAUCAUCACCAUCCUCCUCUGUAUUGCUGAGAUUUUUGAGAUUCGGUUCCGAAGAAUUGGCUUUUUAAACCAGCCAGUGUCUUGAGGAUUUAGAAAGUUGGCUUCAACAGUGUUAUGUCUUCUGUGGGUCUCCGAUUGACAGACAAGACAUAAACCCACAUACCUCUAGACUUUCUGGUGUUUUUAACUUGACAAUUUAUUAAUAAUUAAUGACAAGGGACUCAUUGAUAUUUUUAGUUAUAAAGCCAACUUAUUCUAAACCUAAAUAAGCCACCUCUCUUGCAGGAGAAACUUAAAGAUAAUUUUUUUAAUUAUUGACUUAUGUAAGCUAAUCUAAACCCAAAAUAUUUAGAGUAUUUAAAGACAAGUAUUUAGUCAUUCUCUCCUCAAGAUUAUUUCGAUUUCUACAUUAUAUUGAAUUACUACACAAAUUGCGAGUACUAUUUUGACAAGUAUUCUUUGAUUUAAAUUUCAACAAUGAUUAAUUCUUAAAAGUGAAUAAGGAAGAAUAAGUGCAUGCAAUAGCAUACAUUUUUAAAAACAUUAUUGAUUGGUCAGUGGUACUGCAUACUUAGUUACGAUUAUGCACAUGGAUAGUAUAUCAGUGAUCCUAUCUAUAUGGUGAUGGGAUCAUUGAUAUAGCCUAUAUAUCCUAUCAUGGUGUUGAUUUCCAUAUAGUCCAUUUCAUUAUUAUCUUGUGUGUUUGUAGUGUUUGUAUCUACAUUUUCAUCAGGCAUCCAUCCAACUUUUUGUUAUUAUUCUCAGCUAAGUGUUUCAUCUCAGGUACAACAUGGCAUACUGUGAACUCUUAUUUUGUGUCAGCAGGUAGCAGUUUAUUAUAAGGAUAUGAUUUAUUCAUUACAGGAACAUCUUACAGCAGGUUUGGUCUUCACAUAUUUUCGCAGUUGCCUUCCCACUGUUUCAACUUCAUAGCUGUUGUAGUAAUAGCUUUUGUAUUAUGUUUAGAGAAUUGAUCAUCUAUACAGUUUUUUUUUUGAUUACCAAUGUCUAUGGGAUUUAUGAUUAUGCAUAAAAAUCUUCAUAUACAGUAGGUAACAUAAUUGGUGCAUAUAUUAUGACUGCCAUAAUUAGUGUUAAGUAACUCAUAGUCUGAAUAAACGUAACUGCUUGUGAAUCCAAGGAACUCUUUCUGAUACAAUGCUUUCGUAAUGUUUGUGAAUAUUCAAUCAAGUAAAAAUGUUUAAAAUAGUUGUGUCACUCUU